CGCAUUUGUGAGCGGGGUUGACUGCUGAGUACAAGCAAAACGCCGUCUUCUCAAUCGAACUCCCAUAUAUGUCACAUUUUUCAUCGUCUGGGUUGCGUGCGAGAUAGUGUUUUUUUGUCACAGAAAUUUGAGUCGUCGUUGCAAUGGCGGAAGUGGACAACAAGCAAGUCAUAUUCAAAAGGUAUAUAGACAGACUCCCCGAAGAGACAGACAUGGAGAUCAAGGUCAGCAAGAUUAAGCUCGAGGCUCCAAAAGGGUCGGGAGCUUUUCUGGUCAAGAAUCUGUACCUCUCUUGUGAUCCUUACAUGAGGGGUCGUAUGCGUGAUUUCCGUGACUCAUACAUCCCCCCCUUUGUCCCCGGUCAGCCCUUGGAAGGAUUUGGCGUAUCCCAAGUUAUAGAUUCUGAUAAUCCAGAUUUCAAGCCUGGUGAUUUAGUUUCAUUGAUUACUGGCUGGGAAGAAUACAGCUUGAUUCACAGAACUGAGCAGUUGAGGAAAAUUCAGCCAGAUGAUAUUCCUCUCUCAUAUCAUGUUGGUCUUCUUGGUAUGCCAGGUUUUACUUCUUAUGCAGGAUUCUUUGAGGUCUGCUCCCCUAAGAAAGGGGAAUUUGUCUAUGUAUCUGCAGCUUCUGGAGCCGUUGGUCAGCUUGUUGGCCAACUUGCUAAGUUGCAUGGUUGCUAUGUAGUUGGAAGUGCUGGCACAAGCCAAAAAAUUGAUAUACUGAAGAAUAAACUUGGAUUUGAUGAUGCUUUCAAUUACAAGGAAGAACGAGACCUUGAUGCAGCACUGAAAAGGUACUUUCCGCAAGGCAUUGACAUCUACUUCGAUAAUGUGGGUGGGGAAAUGCUGGAUGCAGCACUUCUUAACAUGAGGAUUCAUGGCCGAAUUGCUGUUUGCGGGGCGGUGUCCCAGCAGAGCUUCUCUAAGCCACGAGGGAUUUUUAAUGGGUUCAAUCUCAUAUCAAAGCGCAUCAGGAUGCAAGGAUUCCUGCAACAUGAUUACUUACACCUAUACCCUCGCUUCUUGGAGGAUAUAAUCAGUAACUAUAAGCAAGGGAAGAUUGUUUACAUUGAAGACAUGAAUGAAGGCUUGGAUGGUGCUCCAGCUGCCUUUGUUGGGCUAUUUUCUGGCAAAAAUGUUGGUAAGCAGGUCAUUCGAGUAGCCCAUGAAUGAUUAUUGCCUAAAAUCAUUUACAACUAUUAGUGUUAUUCCUCUUUUGGGGUAUUUAAUUCUUGGAGUUUUAGCCCCCAUUAGUAAAGGACUGGACUAACUUUCUUCUAGUUGUGAGACCAGAAUAGGGAUUUUGAAGUGAAUUUAGAGCUUC